UUCGUCGUCGAACAAAAACGCGGAAACAAAAGAACUAAUCACGUUUGAAAACAUUUAACGCCGACUCGGCAUCAAGUGAAGGUAGUCGUAGCUGACAGCUGUAAAACUUCCCACCGCCGUUCCCGUCGCCUGUGCCGAAAGGUUUACUAUGGCUUUGAAAAGAAUACAGAAGGAGUUAAAUGACUUGCAAAGGGACCCUCCAGCUUCCUGUUCAGCUGGACCUGUCGGGGAGGACAUGUUUCACUGGCAAGCUACAAUCACGGGGCCGAAUGACAGCCCUUAUCAUGGAGGAGUUUUUUUCCUUUCUGUCCAUUUUCCGACUGACUAUCCCUUUAAACCACCUAAGGUUGCCUUUACCACGAAAAUUUAUCACCCAAACAUAAACAGCAAUGGCAGCAUCUGCCUCGACAUCUUGAGGUCACAGUGGUCACCUGCACUUACAGUGUCCAAGGUGUUAUUAUCGAUAUGCUCUUUGCUUUGUGACCCGAACCCAGAUGAUCCUUUAGUCCCAGAUAUUGCACACAUCUACAAAUCAGACAGACAAAAAUACAACAAAUUAGCCAGAGAAUGGACUCAGAGGUAUGCAAUGUGAUGGACUGGAGUUUCAGCAACAAGGAUGCGUCGCCAAGCAACUCGGACCGCACUGUUUCAGCUGCUCAUCCACACUGUUACUGGUCGUAGUUGAGACGCUUUGUGCGCUUGAAGCACUUUCUCUAUUCAGACUUUACUUGAAUAAGCUGCUUUUACUAUAUUUUAUUUUUUCCUGAAAUUAGCAUUAGUAUUAUUGAGAUGUUAUAAUUAGUGAGGGCUUGAUUUCAUUGAGAUUUAUACUGUACAGGACUGUACUGAACUUGUUUUGCAUUAAAAGCAUUAGUCACAGAAUGAA